UGGUGCUACACACACCCAAUCCGUAGGCAAAUUUAUGCAGACCAACUUUAAUCAGCUGCGUCCGUUCCCUAUUUAAACUCCUGGGGCCUCGCACGCAGUUUUUUUUUCAUCCUUUCUUCCAGCUUUUACUUAUUUUCUCUACUCACUUCAAAGACCACCAUGACUGCCAGUGAACAAGCCGACCCCAUCUACCCCGUCCCUCAACGGCUCCUGGGUGAGGGCGUUCCCAAGCCUCACAUUUCCAGCAUUGACGACUACAAGAAGCUCUGGGAGCAGAGUGUCAACGACCCUGAUUCAUUCUUUGGCAAGCUCGCGACCGAUCUGUUGAGCUGGUCCAAGCCAUUCACCCAAGUUAGAAACGGCAGUUUCGAGGAAGGCGACGUGGCCUGGUUUCUGGAUGGUGAGCUCAAUGCAAGCUACAACUGUGUUGACCGACAUGCACUAGCCAACCCUGACAAGGUUGCCAUCAUCCACGAGGGUGACGAGCCCGAGAACGUUGCCAAGAUCACCUACCGUCAGUUGUUGCAAGAAGUCUCGCGUCUUUCCAACGUCUUGUUGUCUUUGGAUGUGCGCAAGGGUGACAAUGUUUGUAUCUACAUGCCCAUGAUUCCCGAAGCCGUCUAUGCAAUGCUUGCGUGUACCCGUAUCGGUGCAUUGCACUCUGUUGUCUUUGCCGGUUUCUCCUCUGACUCGUUGCGCGACCGUAUCCUUGACUGCAAUGCACGCGUUGUUUUGACCGCUGAUGAAGGUCGUCGUGGUGGCAAGAACAUUGCUACCAAGCGUAUCGUCGAUGCAGCUGUAAAGGAGUCGCCAUGCGUUGACCACGUCUUGGUCUGCCGCCGUACCGGAUCCGAGGUUCCAUGGUCUGCUCCGCGCGACAAGUGGUGGCACGAAGAGACUGCCAAGGCCCGCCCAUACUGCCCGCCUGUGAGCGUCAAUGCCGAAGACCCAAUGUUCUUGCUGUACACCUCUGGAUCGACCGGUACGCCCAAGGGCGUCAUGCACACCACUGGUGGCUAUUUGCUCGGUGCUGCUGCAACCCUCAAGUACGUUUUCGACUAUCAUGCUGAUGCAGGUGACAUCCACGCGUGUAUGGCAGACAUUGGUUGGAUCACUGGUCACACCUACAUUGUGUACGGCCCCUUACUGAACGGUGCCACAACCGUACUGUUCGAAUCUACCCCAACCUACCCUGAUCCGUCCCGCUUUUGGCAAGUCGUUCAGAAGCACAAGAUCACCCAGCUUUACACUGCCCCCACCGCCAUCCGUGCUCUCCGUCGUCUAGGCAACAAGUGGCUUGAUGGCUAUGAUCUCUCCUCGCUCCGAGUUAUUGGCUCUGUAGGUGAACCCAUCAACCCUGAAGCUUGGGAGUGGUACAACGAGCAGGUCGGCAAGAAGCAGUGCGCUGUCGUCGACACCUACUGGCAGACUGAAACCGGCUCCAUCAUAAUUACGCCCCUGCCUGGCGUAACCGCUACCAAGCCUGGCUCAGCCACAUUCCCCUUCUUUGGCGUCAAGCCUGUCGUCCUUGAUCCCGUCACCGGAAAGGAGCUCGAAGGCAACGAUGUCACUGGCGUCCUCGCUAUCGCACAGCCCUGGCCAUCCAUGGCGCGUACUGUAUACAACAACCAUUACCGCUACCUCGAUACUUACCUCAACCCAUACAAAGGCUACUAUUUCACUGGCGAUGGCUGCACAAGAGAUGCCCAAGGAUACAUUUGGAUCAGAGGACGUGUUGAUGAUGUUAUCAACGUUUCUGGCCAUCGUUUGUCGACUGCCGAGAUUGAAUCCGCAUUGAUUCUUCACAAUGCUGUUGCUGAAGCUGCUGUGGUUGGUGGUCAGGAUGAUUUAACUGGUCAAUGCAUCCACGCUUUCUGCACUCUCAAGCCAAAUUUGGAUGUUGCCGAAGGUUUGGAGAAGGAGCUUACCCUGCAAGUCCGCAAGGUUAUCGGUCCAUUUGCUACGCCCAAGCGCAUCUAUGUCAUCGGUGAUUUGCCAAAGACCCGUUCUGGCAAGAUUAUGCGCCGUAUUUUGCGCAAGAUUGUCAACAAUGAAUCUGAUUCGCUUGGUGACAUUUCCACCCUUGCCGAUCCUUCCGUUGUUCAGGCUUUGAUCGAUAAGGUCAAGUCGUAAAUUAUUAAAUGAUAAUCACCCUCAACGGUCUCAAUCUCCCGAUCUUGUAUGUCUUCUUCUCGCCCCCCCCCUUCACCUAUUGCCAUAUGUCCCUUUUUCGUCCACCUCAUUUCAUCGCCUUGUAAUAUUAAUAUGAAAAAAGGGUGUCAGAAUACAAAAACGUUAUAAAAUUUGCUGGAAAAUUUAUUGCCAUGAAAGGCUG